AAGGGUGUUAUUUUUGUUGUAUGGGGAGGCAUGUGGAAGAUUGGGUCAACUGAGCUCAAAUUCUGUCGCUUCACACUUUUGUGUGAAAACUUUGGAGUCGAUUCUCAAUACUCGUUUGCUCAGAAUCGAACAUUGGACUCGUUUUUGAGACAAGACUUAGCACGACCUAGUAAUGGCCGAUGCGUUUGGACAGAUUAGGUUCUGCAGGCUAAGGUAACAGUGACGAUUAAAUACAAUUUAUUACCCGAAUAAAAAUGGCUACAGUGAAAAACGAGGUAGAGCGAAGAAGGAAAACGGAUGUUAAGGGACUGAACGGGCAUGUGGACGUGUCACGGACGGAGUACUGUAAUAAGCUGCGGGAGUGGAUGUGGCACUACUACUGCGGCUACGCGAGCUGGCAGAGCUGGAUGUGCAUGUCGGCGCUACCGUUAUCUCCUCCGUGGUUUCCACUGCAGCCUGGCAGCCAAGAGGCUAACAUCCCUCCUUAUCCACCCGCCCCGACAUCUGCGGACAUCUCCAACUGGUACAUCCAGCUCACCAGUCCGCCUCAGACGAAUGCCUCAGCGGCUCCUCAGGCCGGGAAUUCAUCAACAUCAACACCACCGGCACAGGCGAAUGGAAACCCGGUUCAGCAAGCAGGUAGAGAGUACACCAUUCCCUCACCUUUACACAGAUUUCUAGCUGAAAUGGUGGAUUUCUUCAUCCUCUUCUGUGUUAAAGCGACAAUAGUUUUGUGGAUAAUGCACCUAAGUGGGAUGAAGGACAUUUCUAAAGUCAUCAUGCAGUUUGUAGUGGAGGAGAUCGAUGAGAACACGUCUCUGGAGGACCUGCAGAAGAUGAUGGUGGUGGCUCUGGUGUACAGGGUUUUAGUUUGUUUCUAUGAGAUUAUCUGUAUUUGGGGAGCAGGAGGUGCCACACCUGGGAAAUUCCUACUUGGAUUGCGUGUCGUCACCUGCGACUCUACGGUUUUGGUACGACCCAACCGUGUCCUCGUGGUACCAGCAUCUAAUGUCACCUUAUCAGCAUCCACCGUACGGGCCUUGAAUAAGAACCUAUCCAUUGCGUUCCUCUUUCCGGUCUUCAUCACUCUGCUCUUCUUCCAGCACAACAGGACUGUGUAUGACAUUGUGGCAGGAACCAUCGUGGUCCGGCGUAGGGGGGCGAGAUGACCGGUUCAAAGAGUGAUUCAAUGUACUGUAAAAUAGUAUUACUGAAGCCUAAAGGUUAUAGCCAUAGAAGUUCAGACCUGUUUUUUUUUUGUUUGUUUGUUUAAUUGUAAUAAAUAUGCUUAAUUUAUUCGAUUACAGGAUCGUUAGACGCAUUUUAGUUGGUAAACAACGCGUUGUUUGUUAAUACACUCCAACCAAAAAUCUGAAACGUAACCACUGAUACAUCAAUCGUAAAGAUGCCUACUCAUCUCAUUUGACUCAUUUUACAUGUCCUCAUGUACUGGCCUCUAAGAAUACUUGAGAUUACAGCUGCUUCUAGUUUGGGGUUUGUAGAUUUUCUGGACUUGUAGAUUUACAAGCUGCCUUACUCGAUUAUGUACAUUUAAGUCAGAGACCCGUGGCCCACAGAACAACUGAUUGGAUAACGUGUAAUUCUACGAACGUUUUACAAAUCAGCAUUACAGCGAAGAGCAUGAAUUACUCCAGCGAGAGGCACUGCGAUACCCAGUCUUACAUUUCUGAGCGCGUACACAUGAUGAAGAGGUACGGCAUGAGGCAGGACUUGAAAAUGAGCAGGAAGCUUUUUAAUAAUCUGCACAUAGUCUCUAAACAAACUGAGACGGGUAACAAAGUACACACCUCAUGUGUGCAGUAGGAUAUAAUAUUACAUGUUGGCUAGUGUUAGCUUUGAAUGACGGGGCAGGUCUCUUUAGAAUCUUUUGUGUUGAUUUCUCAGGGUACUUCUGAUGGUAUCUGCAGUAAACAGCUGUAUUAACCCGCUGUUUUCAUGUGUUGCAGAUGUGCCUCGAGUAACCACUUGUGUUAUUGUGACUGAACCAAUUUCAUUUCAUUUGGUGCUGUUGUUUGUUGUAGUGACCCAUUACCCCCCCCCCCCCCUUCAGAUUUUCUUAGGAAACUGCGAAUAACACACACCACCUUCAGCUUUUACCUUGUGUAUUAUAUGAGAAGAUCUAAAAUCACGGGUGGACAAAUGCUAUGUUUAUUAAUGAGCCCACCAGGCAAGUAAAAGCUCCGGCAUGCUGCCCAGCCCAUGUUUUGGUUAGUAGCUAAUGCCAUGUAAUAAAGUACGCCCAGCUAAGUACAUUAAUACAGACUGUAUGAAUCCCUGGGGCGUGCACGACUGUACUAGCUUUCCACAUUGUAUCUGCAACCCGGUCAGAAGGUCACUGGUGAAAGUUGGAGCUGUAGGGAUCUCUCAUUGCAUUGCAAGACAGUCCAUUUUUCUGGAUUUAGCUGGUUUUAUAUUUUAUUUUUUACAAAAUUUGUGAUGAAAUUUGCAGAGUGUUUUUGCGGAAAACUACUUGAAUCGGUGAAACUGCAAUUAACAAGGAAUUUUGUUUCACACGGCCUUUCGUAGCGAUGUUUGUUGGUAAUUGAGACCUUUUAGCUGUAAUCACGUGAAUCGAAGAGGGCUUUGACUGAAUGCGUGUUGUGAUGAUGUCAGGUGACGCAUCUUGGUCCAAAUGUGUGGAAAAUCUGCUGUAAUUUUGAAAAAUUGCAAACUCCUCUGAAUAUCGCAGAGUUUGCUUGGUUUUGUGUUCAUUUCUGUGACCGCAAAGCCGCAACAUUUCGGAGGGAUUGGCAAGAUAGUGUUCUAGUCUGGAUAGCAUCUUUAGUUCCUCUCGUGCUCAUGUUUGAUUAACCUCAAGGCGACGGUGUGCAGUAAGGUAUUAUGUCACAUUGUCAGGCACGUUUAAGUUUAACUAUAUUAUGAUUCGUAAAGUCAGUGGGAAGUAAGGUUUAUUCUCUUUCUUUGGUUGCUGAACCUAAUUUUCCAAGUUCAAAACAAAACAAAGGCCCGGACAAACACGAAUGUGUUUGUCAUGGGCACCCAGGCUACUGAUUCGUCCAAAAAAUGUAUACUGUAGUCUGCUGCUGUUCUUCAGAUGGAAAGAUAUCUUAUUCUGGGAUACAUUAUUUUUUCCCCUCAUCAUUUUUCCUGUUUUGCUGAAUCCUACCUCUGCACUAUGACAAGCUAGAAGAUGUCACUCGAGUGCUACACAACUAAUAAUUGUUUACUCACGGCUACUCCCAUUAUCGCAGCGCAUCAGUGUAAUGCUUAUUGAGUAAUUGUAGUGCCUAAAUAUUGACUGGUGCAAACAUGACAAUCUAAAAUGGUGUAAUCUGCCAAAACAACAUUAAAUGGUAGAGUUAUACUGGAAUACUCUUUUUUUUUUUUUAAAAGAGAACCCCCCCCCCCCCCCCCCAACACACACACACGCACACACCAGUUGUAGUGUGAUAGGAAAAUUUUACAUUUUAAUAUUGUAGGCUUCACAUUAACAAAUUGUCCAUCUGAGAUGUCUGUUAGGAUUCCACUCUCGCCGCGAGGUUCUCAUUAGUGAUAUCCAGAGCCGGACUUUACGGACUACAGCUGUUAUGAGUUGCACUGCAGUCAGGGAGUUUGGAGGCUAAAAAAAAAUGUCUGCCCAGCGUUUAUCCUGUGUGUAGCAUUUUUCUCCGGAAUGUUCCACUCUGUUAAGGCCGUCAGUGUCUGGAAGGCAUUACUAUGAUACUACGUGUAUAUAAGGAAUUAAAAAUAAUGCUCACUGGUGGCUGCUGAUUAAACUCGUCACAAUGCCCUAUUGCCCAUAAUACUGUUGUUUUUGUUUACUUUGUGUUUUAUGAUGACUGAAUGAGAGAAUUUAAAAUGUUAUGUAAAAACCCAUGUACAGUUGUGAUUUUUAAAAGAUUUAUUUGUGUGAAUAUAAACUCCUGUGUUUAUUUCAAGCUUGAAUAUACAGCCUGGCAUUACAAGCAAUAUCCUGAGAGUAUAAUGAUGAUAAAA